CAGCUGAGUCAGUCAUUCUCUCGCGUACUGCGACAAGAUCAGGAUCAUUCGUACUUUUCUCGCACAGUGGUGAUAAAUAACAAGUAAUAACACAUUUUUAUCUGCCGAUUUUUUCGCGUUGAAUUUCUUUCCUGACUAAUCGACAAUUAUAUUCAGAAAGAUGUUUGCUAGAAUCUUUGCGCUGUUUGUUUUCGUCGGUGUCCUAGGAUCGUUUACAGAAGCCCGAUCAGGCAUCUUCGGCUAUCCUUACGGAAAUGGAGGACUAGAAGACAGAUCGUCGCCCACUUUUAUCGUAUCAUCCAGAUCGAAGCGAGCAGUCGACUCGAAUGGUGAGACUACCACCAAACCUACUACCAGUCAAGCUACUACGACGAAUCCUACAACAACAGAUCCUACAACCACACCAUCCUCGACUACACCUCCAACGUCGCCUACAACCACCCCGUCCACUGAACCGACUACUCCAACCACCACACCUACCACCACUACCACAGAAGCGACAUCGCCCACCACCACCCCAACAACCACUCCCACCACCACUCCAACAACCACUCCCACCACCACCCCAACAACCACCCCAACAACCACCCCAACAACCACUCCAACAACCACUUCGGCUACAACUCCGACAAGCACUUCCGAGACGACUCCUACAACUCCCAGCACGACAACUCCAGAGAGCACGUCCAAGCCGAAGAAAUCAACGAACAAUCUUGAUUCACGUUCGAAUUUCGAUGAAUCCGAGCCCGAAGACUCCAGUAAGAAACCUGAAUCACCGUCUAAGGGCGACAAAAACCCAGCUCCUGGACCAUACUUUGGCCCAGGCUUUCCCGGAGCAUUUGGUCCGGGUUUCGAUCCCUAUUUCGGUUAUCCUGGAUUCAACUCUAUACCAGGUUCCAAUCCGAACUAUGCGUGGACUGGCACAAACAACGGGCCAGGAUUCGCGUCCGCGGGUGCAUCCGCCGGAAGCUUUGCAGGAGGCUUUCCAGGAACGGGAUAUCCGGGAGCGGGAUAUCCGGGAGCGGGGUAUCCGGGAGCGGGGUAUCCGGGAGCGGGGUAUCCGGGAACGGGAUAUCCGGGAAUGGGAUAUCCUACGGCAGGAUACCCCACACCCACAACGAAACCACCGUCUGUGGGUGGUCGAGGAGGAUUUCAGGAUACCACCACACCCAAUUACGGCGGAGUAGAUCCAUUGUAUAACGCAGGACCCGGAUUUUAUUACCCAGGACAAUUUCCUGGUUUUCAGGAUCCCUUAGAUAUGUUCAAGCAGAUACAGGCGCAAAUUGAGGCACAGCAUCAGGCAAUCGGCAAAUCUAUGGCUUCGAAUCAAGGAAGACCAUUUGCAUCAAAUAUUCCUAACAGUUAUUCUUAUUCGGCCUCGCCAAAUAUGAACAAUAUGAGAUAUCCAACAUACGGUAACUCACCCAACACAGGUGUUAAUAGUAAUAUGGAGCUCCACAAUCGUUUGGCUAAUGAAGCCGCUAAUUACCAAGGAGGUGGCGGAAGUUACGGCAGCGACGGAAGCUACGGACCGCAAAUUGCGAGUGCCAGCAUUGGCUUAGGUCCACGUGGUGGUUUCCAAUCGGGCUUAAUCAAUCCUGCCGGACCAGGAAUAGAAUCCAGGUUCGCUGAGGACCUUCCUCCGCCAUCUGGUAACAGUUUCGGCGUAUUUGCCAGUUCCAGUUCUUCCAGCAGAACCGGUCCGGAUGGCAAGCAGAUUAAUCAGAAGUCGUCCAUCACCGGUGUGAACGACAAUGGAAAGAUUUCUUAUCGCACAGUGCAUGAUUAAUGACAUUCUGCGUUGUUAAUUUUAACUACUAUACUACUUUACUAUUAUUUACCAUGUGCUAUAUAACAUUAUUGUAAUGACGAUGAAUUUUUACAAUUCAGAGCUGCUGAUGUCGCAAAAUUUCGAGACUCAGGGCUCAAAUGUUUCCUCAAGAUUACCAAUAAAUACUCAAGUUUCUUAGAACUAAUA